AUGGCUCAUAUCGCCGACUACAUGGUCGAUGCUGCCAGCAGUGUUGGCUUAAAUAACUUAAUAGCUCUCGAGUUGAGUGUAUCACCUUCACCUCAAAAUAUUCGUUCGGAAUCCCCAGCUACGGAAGAGAAAGAAAAACAUAUUUGGCGAAUGCAUCAACCGAGCGAAGCACCACGAAAAUACAGUAUAUUUCCAUUCAAAGAGAAGCUAUCGAUUAGCUCAGGUCGAAAAAGUCCCAAUCCAGAAUCUACAUGGACAAUGGCAUUGGGAGAGAAGCACAACAUUCAAAAACCAAAAGAAUUGAAUAAACGAAGGAAACCGAGUCUUACUGAUUUGGGACCAAUGACUACCGUACAUGAAGUUGCGAUGGAUUCUCCAACCAUUCCUGGACGUUUUCCUCUACAUGAAAGAUCCUUUAGUGCACCCGGUGGAAAAUGGAGACAGCAUACAUAUGGUGAAUCCUUAGUCGCAUGUAUCGAGGGACCUACUAUAGAUGAGAGUGUUGAGAUUGAUUACGAAAUUUACGAGUCCAAUGAUUUGAAGAGACAACGAUCAAGUUCUAACGGCCGCUUACGUUCACCCCAACAACCCCUUUCACCAAAGUCUUUAGCUCCUCUUCUUAUACCGUCCAGAGAUGCCGCCACGCCACAAAGAACUCGUACUCAUUCGUCACCAAGCACACUUAGAUCACCAACACCACCACGAGUUCCACCAAAAUCAACUAGAAUGAUGGAGCAAUCCUCAUAUCAUAGAUAUUCUCCAUUUACCCCUUCAUCCUCCGCCAGUCUUUCUACAGCACCAAAUUCCGCCACCACCGCAGCAAUCACACCAGGUUCUCCGCGAGAAGGUCGCUCAUCUCCAAAGCCUUGGAUAAUGACUGGCCGAUCAUCCCCAAAACCAUGGAUGCAUCUUCUCUCUGGACGAUCCUCGCCCAAGCCUACCAAAGAUACAUCCACCAUCAUGCAAGCAAACGUAAACUCCAGCGUAACCACUCUGCCCCUUCCAAUUCCACGACGACAAGCCUCAGGUCACUCCCGCAACCGAUCCGAAACCGUCGCCAGCCAACAACCAAGAUCCGGAGGUCUCACCCACACCGUAUCCCACCGACGGGGAGAAUCCGAAUCUUGUCCUUCAAUAAUGGAUCGAGGAAGACCUAAGAAACACGCCGAUGGAUCCCCCAUCAAGGGAUCACCUAUCAGGAGCACGCACCAAAAACGAACACAAGCACCUACGUCAGAGGAACAAUUAGCAUUUGAACAUUUACCCCAGGGUGUAAAAGCUGCUCAAGCGAGUUCGAAAUUAUCUCCAAGUGAAAUGGAGAGAAUUAGAUGUCAGGCCAUUGGACAAGUAUGUCGAUUCGAAGUUCUCAAUUCCAAAGACGUGGACGCCCUGUCACGGGAACUCCGCGCCCUCGACGAACGCUGUCUCUACCUCCGCAAAACCCACCGCUCCCUCCGUUCCGGUCGCCGCAACCUGCACGAUCGCAUCUGCACCUAUCUGCGCUCGCCCCGCACUGCCCGCUUUUCGCACGACGCCAUCCUCAAACAAGAAGAAGCGCUUGCGGAACUCGACUCGUCAAUUGAUGACUGGGUUUCUAAACUCGACCAAGCAGAAAACAGACGUACGCGAGUUCGACAAAAGUUGCUCGAGCAUGUUGCUGCCGCCGUCUUCAUGCCUGUGACUAGCUCCGAGACAAAUGGGAGAGAUGUUAUGAGUAUGGAUCAUACCACGACCCCACCGCGAAGUCCUAUCAAGGGCAUAAGUCCCGUUCGGGAAGCCCAUCGCGAGGUAGAAGUUGAAAUCCCUCGCACAAUGACCGAUGCGGAAAUCAAACGCAAGAGAGAAUCGCGACGGAAAGCCGUGGAAUCUAUUCGUAUCUAUGCCGAUUCAGACGUAUUUGCACUCUUGGCCGAUGUAGAAGAGGAGAUCAAUCGGAUGGGCGACCACACUCUUCCUGCAUCGGAGGAUUGCCGUCCCAAGGAAAAGAAACCCGUUUCUCCUCAACCGCUGCCGGCUCAACGGAAGGAAAUGAUCUCACAGGAUACACGACCUGAUGCUCGUUACUCAUCAUCUGUACCCGUGGCUCCCAUGUCGCCGUUCUUGCUACGGCCAAUGGCCUUCACGAUGCCGUCUGCUAAACAGGGUGUUAAGGUUUAG